CUUCAAGCGAUCCUCCCAUCUCGGCCUCUCAAAGUGCUGAGAUUACAGGCGUGAGCCACCCUGCCUAUCACAGGGUGUUUUCUUAGACAUGCUGGGCACCCUGAGCGGACCUGGCCCUGAGACUACCCCCAGGGGUGGCUCUAGUCCUGGUGACAGACAGGCAAGGGUUAAAAGGUGUGGGACGGCCCAGUUCCUGGCCAGGUAGGCUGGGCCAUUACCUAGUGGGAGGUGGCCAAGGCAUCUGCCACUGCUGCUCACUGCCACUACCAGCUGGAGCCAGGGCCUGGUCGAGACAACUAUUUUUGAGGUAUCUGAGGCUACCCCACAGCGCUCUCUGGCAUUGGCAAGACUCCUGGCUGUGACCCAUGGGCCUCUGAGGAGGCGUUGUAAGUCCGCCCAGCUCCCCACUUGCCGUGCUCCCACUCAAUGCGAAGGGAACCAAGGUACCAGGGCCAAGUGGGUCCAGACAUCCACACGGAUUCUGAAAGGGCAGGUCAAGCAGACUUUGUCCAGCCAUCAGCCACGGCCUCUCAACAGCACCAAGAUGGAAGUCAAAGGUCAGCUGAUCAGCUCUCCUACCUUCAAUGCCCCAGCUGCCCUGUUCGGAGAGGCUGCCCCCCAGGUGAAGUCAGAGCGUCUGCGGGGGCUGCUUGACCGGCAGCGGACCCUGCAGGAGGCCCUGAGCCUGAAACUUCAGGAGCUCCGCAAAGUGUGUCUCCAGGAGGCGGAGCUGACUGGCCAGCUGCCCCCUGAGUGCCCGUUGGAGCCUGGUGAACGGCCCCAGUUGGUCCGCCGGCGGCCCCCCACAGCCCGUGCCUACCCUCCACCACACCCCAACCCAGCACACCACUCCUUGUGCCCUGCUGAGGAGCUGGCUCUUGAGGCCCUGGAACGCGAGGUGUCAGUGCAGCAGCAGAUUGCAGCAGCUGCCCGCCGCCUGGCCCUGGCCCCUGAUCUGAGCACCGAGCAGCGCCGGCGCCGGCGCCAGGUCCAGGCAGACGCACUGCGGAGGCUGCACGAACUGGAGGAGCAGCUCGGGGACGUCCGGGCCCGCCUUGGCCUCCCAGUGCUCCCACCACCCCAGCCACUGCCGCUGUCUACAGGGCCAGUGAUCACCGCCCAGGGAGUCUGCCUGGGCAUGCGCCUCACUCAGCUCAGCCAAGAGGACGUAGUUCUGCACUCGGAGAGCAGCUCACUCUCAGAGUCUGGGGCCAGCCAUGACAACGAGGAGCCCCAUGGCUGCUUCUCUCUGGCUGAGCGCCCCUCACCACCCAAGGCUUGGGACCAGCUUCGGGCAGUAUCUGGGGGGAGCCCUGAGCGGCGAACCCCAUGGAAACCACCCCCAUCAGAUCUUUACGGGGAUCUGAAGAGCCGGCGGAACUCUGUGGCCAGCCCCACCAGCCCCACACGCUCGCUGCCCAGGAGUGCCUCCAGUUUUGAGGGUCGAAGUGUGCCUGCCACCCCUGUCCUCACCCGGGGCGCUGGCCCCCAGCUCUGCAAACCUGAAGGCCUUCAUUCUCGCCAGUGGUCCGGCAGCCAGGACUCCCAGAUGGGCUUCCCCCGGGCAGACCCUGCCUCCGAUCGCACCUCCCUCUUCGUAGCUCGCACCCGCCGCAGCAACAGCUCUGAGGCCCUGCUGGUGGACCGGGCAGCUGGCGGGGGAGCCGGCUCCCCGCCUGCCCCUCUGGCUUCUUCUGCCUCUGGCCCCCCAGUCUGCAAGAGCAGUGAGGUGUUGUAUGAGCGCCCCCAACCAACCCCUGCCUUCUCCUCCCGCACAGCUGGCCCCCCAGACCCUCCCCGCGCCGCCCGGCCUAGCUCAGCUGCGCCUGCCUCCCGAGGUGCCCCCCGGCUCCCACCUGUGUGUGGGGACUUCCUCUUGGACUAUUCCCUGGACCGCGGCCUGCCACGCAGUGGCGGUGGAGCAGGCUGGGGGGAGCUGUUGCCUGCAGCUGAGGUCCCAGGACCCCUUUCCCGCCGGGACGGGCUCCUCACCAUGCUCCCCGGCCCACCACCUGUGUAUGCAGCUGACAGCAACAGCCCCCUCCUCCGCACCAAGGACCCCCACACCCGUGCCACACGCACCAAGCCCUGUGGCCUGCCCCCAGAGGCUGCCGAGGGCCCUGAGGUGCAUCCAAACCCUCUGCUGUGGAUGCCCCCACCCACCCGUAUCCCCUCAGCUGGUGAACGCAGUGGCCACAAGAACCUGGCCCUGGAGGGGCUGCGGGACUGGUACAUCCGGAACUCGGGACUGGCUGCGGGGCCUCAGCGCCGGCCUGUGCUCCCCUCUGCGGGUCCAUCACACCCAACCUUUCUCCAUGCCCGCUGCUAUGAGGUGGGCCAGGCGCUGUACGGGGCCCCCAGCCAGGCGCCACUCCCACACUCGAGGAGUUUCACGGCGCCCCCUGUCUCUGGCAGGUAUGGGGGGUGCUUUUACUGAUGGGUAGGGGUCUCUUAAGGCAGAUGGUGAAUAUAUCCAGGCCAGGGAAUGGCUAGUCAUGAUUGCUAAUGAAUUGGACCAUGAGGAAACUAGCUGCCGCGAUGGCAUAGGGUCACUCUACUGCGCAUGAUCUGCGUUAGUCCAAGGGGUCCUGGUGGAGGGGAUCUUGGGCGCUGGUAGCAGCAGUUCUUUAUCAAGUUAUAGGCUGAAGAUGAGCUUUGACGCAGGGUGCUGGGAGGAAGGGACAUCUCAUGCCCCUUGCCGUUCUCCUCCUUUUCUCUCCUUGCCCCGGGGCCUGAAAGUGCUAUCCUAUGCCUGCCUCCACCUCUUUAACGAGCCUCUUCCUUUCUCUUUCUUUGUCUUGUCUGCCUUUUCCUCUCUUCUUGUCUUCUCCGCCCUGUCCUCCGGAUUCCUGCUACCCUUCUAAAGAUACUACGCGGACUUCCUGUAUCCCCCGGAGCUGAGCGCUCGUUUAAGUGACCUGACGCUAGAGGGGGAGCAGUCCUCCAGUUCUGACACCCAGACCCCAGGGACGCUGGUCUGAUCCCUUCUGAUAUGCCCCUUGUUGGCCUGGGCACGAUUUCAGUUUGGGGAGCACACAGCUGACCUCGCUGGGCCCUGGGGUGUGGUUGCUCUCAGUCCCGAGCAGAGUGUGCCAACCUUAUCUUCCAAGGCCUCUGGCUUCCUGUGGGCCCAGGAAGGUGUCUGACACCCUGUUUCUCUCACACUGUGCUGGGGACUGGGGGCCUUCUGCCAGCUUAAAAGAGAGGGGAUGAUGUCAUGGGGACCCCAAGCCCCUUCCUCCAUUUCUGUUUACAGUUGUAACUUAGGUAUUCACUGUCUUCCUCCAACACUAGGCGUUUUAUAAAAGGGAAACUGUGAUCUCAUCUGGUUGGGUUCAUUCCUGUUCCCAUGCCCAACCGGGUUCCAUUUAGGAACCCCCUCCAUAAAAUGGACCAUAUCGGGUCUCAGGGCCAUUUAGGGCAGCCAGGAGACUCUGGUGUGAACAGAAGUCCCUGCCACCCAUCGCCAGGGCAUUUGUCGGGGCAGUGAGCUCUCCGCCCACACUUGGAAGGACUGCAGUCUGGGUGGGAUGCCUGAAGAAGCCCAGUUCCAUCUGUGCCCACAGCCUCUAUCCUGACCACCCCUAGUCAGGAGACCCCACAGGAGGGGCAAAGGGCUAUGUGUGUGCUGUGUCCUGGGAUGCUGUGGGGUUGAACCUGGCGUCUACCAGACCUGGAAUCCAGUAGAUGCCAGUAAAAUCCUUAGGUGAGAUCUGGCCACGGGCCACGGGCCACUCACACCUUCCUUGGCUUUCCUUCCAUCCACCACUUUUUGUUUUUUUGUGGGGUGGAGUCUCGCUCUGUCACCCAGACUGGAGUUUAGUGGCAUGGUCUUGGCUCACU